UGUGGCAUGUCACCGUUUUACAAAUAGGUUAAUAUUUGUCGACAUUAUAAUAUUGUGCUUCUGUUUUCUGCCUCGUAAUUUGCGGGCUUGUGUACGUGUGAGUGUUUUUGUUUAUGUCGGCGUAAAAACCUGCCCACCUAGCUUAAAAGCUAAACAACAUUCGAGUCCAUAAGAAAGCAAUUAAGAUUCUGCGCGAUGGACCCCAGUAUUCUCGCAGCCAUGGACAAAGAGGCAUUGAAAAAGCAGAUCGAAAACAUGAAGUACCAGGCUUCCAUGGAGCGCUGGCCACUAUCUAAGAGCAUCGCGGCGAUGCGGGAGUAUGUGGAAGAAAACGAGAAAAACGAUCCACUCAUACACGCCCCCGACAAGAAAAACAACCCUUGGGCCGAAAAAGGGAAAUGCGUCAUCAUGUAAUCUUAUUAAAAGUAUGUAAAAAAAUAUCACCAAAUUCUAAAAUGAUUUCUUCAGGCGAUAACGGGAAAGAACGGCAUGUCUGGUCUAUAAUAUCAUCCACAAAAUUGGUGUUGCUCAAGACAGACAAAGUUUGCAAGAUAUACAAGUUUUGGACAAGCUAUAAAGAAACGAAACUGCCAGACAAUAUAAAGAACAUAGAAAUGUAGUUCAACAUAUUCCAUCUGACAUCAUGGUAACGGUAGCGAAGCCAAAACUUAAGUCGCUUUAGUUGAUUACGUUAUUUAGUUUUUUUGUUCCCAAACAAAUCUAGUCCUUUUGUUCAGUGACGUUGUAAAGAAUGUACAUUUUGACUGUGCGAGACGCAAGGAUGUACUUAUGAAUGUUUUGUUGAAACGUUAAAAAUGAUUGUAAAUACGUUAAAUUUUGUAUUUCUAGUAAUAAAAUGUUCGGACACGAAUCUAUCGGUAGUUGUAACCGGAAAGUAAAUAUUGGAAUUAAAAAUUGUAAUGAAACAAUGUAAAGUAUUAUAAUUUGAACAACGUAUGUUAAAAUCAGAUUUAAACAUUUAUAUUUUAACAUUUGUUUUGAUAUUGUCUUGAGAAUUGCCGGAAAUUGGGUACAUUUAGAUUUUUGGAUUGAAAUAAAGUUACAAAAUGUAACAAGAGAACCCAAGCAGUUCCAUACAAAACAAAGCAACUUCCUUUUUCAUUUUUGUAUGGAGUUGAUUUGGAUUCUGUCCUGGACCAACCGAAACCUGCUCAAUAUGAUUCUGCUGAUUCAGUUGGUCCGGCGCAAUAAUAAAAUUGUAGCUUUUGUUUUCUUGGCACAGGGGAGAGUUUUGCCAUUUGAAAUUAGUUUAAAAUUGUACAUUGAAUGUGAAGAUUCUUAGAGCUCAAGGAUCUACGCGUUUGACGAUAUUAUAAUUAAACUAUAGGGUUAAAUCGCAAUCACAACUUAACAUCUAUUUGCUGAGUCACGGAAUGAUGAGGUUCGGAUAUUAUUGGCAAUAAAAGGAAUGAGGGACGAUAAGGUCGGUGGUGUUAAAGUAGUCGAAGAAAGUAAAUUUAAGGUAAAUUGAACGAUAAAAUUGUGAAAUAACAUAAUCUUGUUCGAAACCAAAGUAAUUGUUAAGGAGGUUUAGGAUACUUUUUUAUGAACACAGGUACAUUCCGCAGUGCCAUUAUCUAGUAAUGCUUCUAUAAAAUAUCUCUUAGCGAUCUUCUAUAUUCCAGUUUUAUCAUAUUUAUACUCCUCUGCCUCAUCCCUUCUCUGUCUAUUGUUUCCGCAUUACCGCCCUCAACCACGUCUUCUAUGGUUUCAUUAUCCCCUCACCCGGCAUUAAACAUUAUAAGUAAAUAAAAUCAACUAUCAAGUUUAAAUCUAGCACUUGAUUAGCUUAGUAUAAUUCAAAAUUAAAUUGAAAAUUUUACCUAAGUCAUUCAAAGUUUACUUAUUAAAGCAAACUAUCGUAGUUUCCAAAUAAACUUCUUCUAAAUUAUAUCUAAGAAUUCUUGGAUUGGAAGCUGAAACUUUUCUGCGUUGAUGCGAAUUCUCUGUUGGAGUAUUAAAAUUUCAACGGAUUCACGUCGUCGCUGUAAAGUUUGGGAGUCUGAGCCUGAGUAGCGCUAUUAAUCUAACAUUCCAUUAAAAGGAUUGCCUUUAAUCCUAAUUUUGAAUAAAAUAGUAAAAAAAUAAACUUACGCACUGUAGAUAAUUAUAGAUUAAAAUAAAAUCUAACUUUAAACUUAAACAUUUCUAAAACUAAAAAAAAUACCUUCCCCUUACCAUAUCUAGACUUGAAGUAUGGAAAAUCAUUCUGGCUGUGAAUAUACUUCCCCUUUGUUUAGAGAAUUCUCCACGGUCGUAAGCGUCGCCAGUCUUCUAUCUAUAUGGACGACAUGCUAUUACCGACAAUAAAUCAUGCAGACCAUUUUCAUACGAGUUGGAGCUUGCGCUAUAGUAUCGUUUGCAUCGCUCUUAACAUAGGGAACUUAUGUCAAUUCCUUAUACGUACUUUUCUACGUUACAUCUUCUCACAUGCCAUUACCAUCUUCCUCUUCUCUCCGCUCUAUCUGUUUCCAUAUCUCCACCACAAUUCAGUUCCACAUUAAACCUAUCCUUUUUAGUGAUAAAUAGUUAUAAAUUAGGAAACAUAGCGAUUAAUUCGUAGCGUUACUUAAAAAUAAGAAACAAGAAUCAAAGUUGUUUGUUAAUCUAUAUGAUAAAAUUGCAAUUCAGAGAAUUAACCUUAGAUGAUAAUAAAUAAAAUGGAGUAAUUGUUUAUUUAAAAUGAAGUAGAUGAUAAUUAGGGACCUCGGUCGAGGUUCGGUGGCAAAGUUCUUCCUUGAAAACUUUUCAAUUUGAAAGUUUUCGGCGAUUUCCGGGGCAAUCCUUUAUUAUGUUAAGUUUUUCGUUUAAGUUAUUGCGUUUUUAUGUUAAGUUGUGUGAAACCAAAGAUUGUGUAUUUCCUUGACACGAAUGUAUUGUCUUGAAGUGUAUCGAGCGGGGGUAAAACUGUUUUAACGUAUAAAACCUAGCGUUUAGACAACACCACGUUUUACUCCACCCUCAUAUUUUACUAUAAGAUAAGAAUUAACUUAAAACAGUAAUUUUUAAUGGAUUAAUCUGAA